CGUUAUUGAAAACAACAGACCGUAAAAUUCAAAAGACAAUUCGAGAAAGGUUACGCAAAAGUAGAGCCCAAUAAUUCUUAUCCGAGAAAGUUGGCUUCUUUGUGUUUUCCUAGAUACACUGUCCGUACAGUUCAUCUGAAUGCUUUUGCUGGCUGCUAGAUCGUUUUGCUUCAACCAUUUUUGAAGCACAAUUUUGGGGUCUUUCGUUUUUGUACGUAUUGCAAAUCUGCAACCUGCAAAAAGUUCGAAUCCUGCAAAGAGAAAGAGGACUUUUCUUAUCCUCAAUGGCCUUUUGGGUUCCCACUUAAUUUUGGAGAGUGGUGUUUGUUGGGUAUUUGCCAAUUUUCAACAUAGACUACUUAAGUGGAUGCAAAAAGCUUUGAUUCUGCAGUUGUUCCACCAAAAGGGAGUCCUUGAUCCGAAAACCGAAAAGAUUUGAGUUGGAUUUGUUGGUUCAUUUUUGGGUGUGUUUAUUGUAUGUUGAGAGGGGAUUGUAAAUCUAUGAACCCGGAAAUGGACGGAGAAUGCGAUUUGAUUGCUGCGGCGAAGAACAUAGUGAGGGCAUUGGGGUCGAAGAAGAACCUUACAGAUGGUGAGAGGGAGAUUUUGGCUAAUCUUGGCACCCAAUUGUCCAGCAUGAUGGGACUCAGUCGGAGAAAUGAUGAGAAUGAGGAUGAGAAGAUCAGUGAGGUCGAAGAUCGCCUUAAUUCGAUUCAGGAGAGGAUCAUGAGUUGGGAGGCUGGUCAGUCAAUGAUAUGGGAUUCGAGCCAGAAUGAGUCUCUGGAGUAUAUGAAGGCUGUGGAGGAGGCUCGGAGAUUGAUCGAAAGAUUGGAAAGAUCGUGUUUGGAUAAACAUGAUGAAGAAUGUGAGGUGUUACAUAGAGCUCACGAUGUUCUUCAAACGGCAAUGGCAAGGCUAGAGGAAGAGUUCAAGUACAUGCUUGUUCAGAACAGGCAACCCUUUGAACCCGAGCACAAUUCUUUUCGUUCGAGUGAGGAUGAUAUUGUGGAUGGAAGCUCGAUAAUCUCUUUUGGGGAUGAUUCGAUUGAGGACUCACUUCAAAGGGAUAGUGUCAGCAGAGCGUCGGAGGAAGUCAUCAUUGAUUUGGUUCAUCCGGAUAUAGUUCCUGAGCUCAGAGGCAUUGCAAAUUUGAUGUUCAAUUGCAAUUAUGAUCAGGAGUGCACGCAAGCUUAUACCAUCAUCCGAAAGGAGGCAUUGGAUGAGUGCCUGUCCAUUCUCGAAAUACAGAAGCUGAGCAUUGAGGAUGUGCUGAAGAUGGAGUGGGGCUCCCUGAAUUCCAAAAUCAGAAGAUGGGUCUGGGGUAUGAAGAUCUUCGUGCGAGUUUAUCUAGCCAGCGAGAGAUGGCUCAGCGAUCAGAUUUUUUGGGAGCAUGGAGAGAUUUAUUUGGAUUGUUUUGUUGAGGCAUCAAAGACUUCAAUGCUGCAGCUUCUGAAUUUUGGUGAAGCCAUGUCUAUUGGCCCCCACCAACCGGAAAAGUUGUUCCGCAUUCUUGACAUGUAUGAGGUGCUUGCAGAUGUUCUUCCUGACAUAGAUGCUUUAUACGCAGACGAGGCUGGUUCUUCUGUAAGAAUUGAGUGUCAUGAGGUUCUGAUGAAAUUGGGUGAGUCUGUGAAGGCAACAUUUAGUAAAUUCGAGAGCGCCAUUGCAUCAAACCCCUCGACUAACCCUGUUGCUGGAGGAGGAAUACAUCCUCUCACCAAAUAUGUGAUGAAUUACUUGAGGAUUCUCACAGACUAUGGAGAGACCCUUAAUUAUCUCUUCGAGGACAGUGCUGAUGCUGAUUCCAUUUCGCUGUCGCCUGACACGAGUCCUACCUCAGACGAGGAGAACAAACCCACUGAUUCUCCAGGCAGAAUUUUCCCAAUGGUUCGCCACUUCCGAUCACUUACUUCAACUCUGGAAGGCAACCUUGACGAAAAGUCCAGGUUAUAUAAGGAUCCUUCCUUGCAACACAUAUUUUUGAUGAACAAUCUACGGUACAUGGCUCAGAAGGUUAAGGGGGAUGAACUGAGGCCCAUAUUCGGAGACGGCUGGCUUAGGAAGUGCAACGGGAAGGUUCAACAGCAAGCAUUGAACUACCGGAGAUCUAGUUGGAGUUCCAUCCUUAAUUUGCUCAAAGAGGAGGGCAUUCAGAGUCCCGGUUCAAAUUCUAUCUCAAAAACCCUCAAGGAAAGGCUCCGCAGCUUUUAUCUUGCGUUCGAAGAGAUCUACAAGAGCCAAACAACAUGGUUCAUUCCGGAUCGUCAGCUUCGAGAAGAUGUGCAAAUUUCAGCAUCCUUGAAUGUAAUCCAAGCUUAUAGGACAUUCGUGGGAAGACAUUCGAACGACAUAAGUGACAAGCUCAUCAAGUACAGUGCGGAUGAUAUGCAGAAUUACCUCUUGGAUCUCUUCGAGAAAUCCCCGAAAUCAUUACAAAAUUCCAGCAGGAGGUGAUACAGCAGAGGAAGGCUUUUCAUUUCAUGCUCAUAUAUGUUUUGAUUGUUACAACAGGCCAGGAUUCCCCCAUGAAAAUUGAAAAGGGAUUCUUUCCCUCGGUAGUUUUUGUGUUUGUAACGUUUGUAAUGUGAUGAAUUCAGUUCACUUUUCUGACAUCUGCAUUGGAUAUCCUAACUGAUAUAAGAUUGAAUGAAGCAAGUUUUCGCGUGUA